AUGGCCAAAGCCCUCUCCAGAGCCAUGGUAGAGGAUAAACUCCCGCCUCUAGACGAUAUCGAGAGGAAGCAGUACAAAUAUGGUGGCACUCCGCCCCAUUUCACCACCAAGUUCUUCUUUGAGGACGAAAACGCCCUGCGCACCUGCAGCCGAGCAAUUGUCAAGCGUGCUGUUGGCAGAGCGCUGGCACGACGGAGACACGGCCAGAUUGUCCGCAGUCCCUGGCCCUAA